CUUCCGCUGAUGCUUUUUCUAGCUGGAUAAAGAUGGCUUUCCAGGAGUUAACAGCGAACUAAAUUAACCGGCCGAUGUCUCGUCUCGUUGCUCCCGCUCCGUCGGCUCUCGCCUCACUUCUCUCCUCGCUGCUUCCCCGGGGCUUCGCCGUGGGGCCCUCGGGGCUCCGUGAGGGGAGGCCGGGGCUGUGGUGGGUCGGCCCCUCCCUGGAGGCCGGGUCCCUGCUGGGGAGGGAGGGGGGGGAGCUUCACGCCAACCAGGAGAUCCAGGGGCGAGAUGAGGAGCUCUCAGCGAAGCCCAAAUUAAAUCAAGCUAGCGGUGCAGAGGAAGGGAAGGAAGUGACACCGAACCCAGAGGUUCUGCUGCAGAGAGACGUCUGGGUCAGCUUUGCCUGCCAGGCGCGAAGCAGGACCCAGCAGAACGUGGUUGUUCAGUGUGUGUGUGGAGACGUGUGUGAGGCCGAGUGUGUGGGUUUGUGUCUCCGUCUGUGUCGGGACGUCCACCCGGGGACGGAGCUGCUGCUGUUUGACGACGCUGGACGUCCAGAUGAGAAGUUUGAGUCCAGUUCACAUCCUGUGGUUCCCAACGAGAAGGAAGUGGAGACGGACGACAAACAGAAGGAGAGGAUGCAAGAGGGCGAGGAAGGUUCUGAAAACCCGAGCAGAUGCAUCCGACAGAGCAACCCAACAACCACCAGGAGGAAGAGGACGGUGAGGACAGUCGCAGACGGACCAGAGAGCGUCCUGUCCUCCGUGGACGAAGGGACAACUCCUUCCGUCCGCUGCAGCUCCCGUCUGGCCGCGAAACCCCGACGUGUCCACUGUCUGAGCGGCCGGGCACAGAAACGACCCGACGUUCCCGAACGCACCGCGGCGCCGAGCCAAAGCUCCACCGUCCCCGCGCCGAAGACGUCUCGUCCCGACGCCGACGCCGACGCCGACGAGUCGACGCCCGCGGUCACGUCGUCGCAGUCCGGCCUCACGGAGAACAGGGAGCGGCGGUACCGGUGCUCCACCUGCGGGAAGAGGUUCUACCAGAUGGGUCACCUGAAGAAGCACCAGUUCAGCCACACGGAGGAGAAACCGUUCACCUGCAAAGAGUGCGGGAAAAACUACACGUCUGCAGAAAGCUUCAGGGCGCAUCAGAUGAGUCACCGCGGCGAGCGCCCGUUCUGCUGCCCUCACUGCGAGAAGACGUACGGCCUGAAGCGCGACCUGAAGGAGCACAUGGUCCUGCACACGGGCGAGAAGCCGUACGCCUGCGACCACUGCGGGAAGGCCUUCGCCCGCCGGCCGUCGCUGCGAAUCCACCGCCUGCUUCACUGCAGCAAAGUCGUCUACGCGCAGCCUCUGAAGGUCAAGUGUUCGGUCUGUCCCAAGCUUCUGGCAAACUCCGGUUCCCUCAGGAACCACAUGCUGCUCCACACGGGCGAGAAGCCUCACAUCUGUCCACACUGUGGGAAACGCUUCAGUCAGAAAGGAAACCUGGAGAGUCAUCUGAGGAUCCACAGCGGCGAGAGGCCGUUCUCCUGCUCCGAGUGCCGCCAGACGUUCUCCCAGAAACCGGAGCUCCGCCGCCACAUGUUCUCCCACACGGGAGGAGGUUUCCUCUGCAGCUACUGUGGGAAGUCGCUGAGGGAUCCUCACAGCCUCCGGUCCCACGAGAGGCUUCACACGGGGGAGAGACCCCAUCGCUGCCCCGUCUGUGGGAAAGGCUACACGUUGGCCACCAAACUGAGGAGACACGUGAAGGCGUCUCACCUGAAGGAGAAGCCAUACACCUGCUACUGCGGAGCGUCCUACACCGUGAGACAAAGUCUGCAGAGACACCAGGCUCAGCACAGGGCAGAGGGAGGAACUCAGAAGGAGGCGGCGGGAGGAGGACAAGAAGAGGAGGAGACAAACGGAAACAAGGAAGAGGAGGCGCAAGAGGUUACAGCGACUUCUUUAGAGUGCGGCCACUCGAAACCGGUACGAGGUCGACCCAAGAAGAACUCGCUCCCUAAAGAAAGAGAAGCAGAGAAGGAGGGAGCUGAAGGGAAGCGAAGAAGAAGAAGAAGAGGAGGAGGAGGAAAAGGAGGAGGAGGGAGAGGAGAGGAGGACAAGUCCGACAGAGUGGAAACCUCGACGGGAGAAGACGGAGAGGACGUCCAACACGCCGUCGUCUACGUCCACGCGAACGCCGACCUGUCGGCGCCGAGCUCCGCCCCUCUGCUGCUCGCGGCGUCGGGGGCGGAGCAGGAGCUGGUGGAGGUGGUGAUAUCUCAGCGGGCGGAGCAGUGCAUCGUGGUCCACGGCGAGCAGGCGGUGGGGGAGCUGCUGAUCUUACAGGAGGAGGAGGACGGACUCUGCUCCGUGGCUCAGACUGUGGAGAUAAACACAAUAUAACUUAAAACACAUGAUCAGUACAUCUCAGCUUUCUUUCUUUUUUUUAUUAUUUAUUUUUUUUUGUGUUGGAACAAACUCUAAAGUUGUUUAUAUGAAAAGAAGACGAGAUGAUGCCAAAGACUAAAGGUGGAAACUCAUCUUCUGAAUUGUAGCGUCUCUUCUCCAGAACUCCUCCGUCUUUGUGCGUUUUUGUUUUGUAGAAACCGACCUCUGAACCUCCUCACUGAUGCGUAUGAGCCUGUUCUGAUGCAGGACACUUAUCCUGUCAAAUUCUUCAAGUGAAGAUGCACCAGAAAUAUCUCGGCUCGGCAUCGACGUCUUCUACUUUUAGCUCGUUAUUCCCUGGAGUUAAAAGAAUCAAAUUAAAACGGCAGAAAAGUACUAAAAAUACCACGUAUGUGUCUGUGUGUUUGCAUCAACUUGUAUAUUCAUUUAGACUAAAAAACACAAGGUUAACUUUGUGAAAAGCUAUGCAAUUAGCCUGAGAUGUCACCUGACCAUCACAGUCAAAUGUGAAUAAUUGUAGGACUAUCUAAGUUCAUGCAAAACAGUUGAAACACGCCAAAUAAUAUCAUUUAGUACAUUUUUCUCUGCUCUUCAGUAUUUAAAAAUAAGCAUGUGAUCUCAAUAUGACAAAAAAAAGGCUUUUAAAGAAGCGUGUUUUUGACCUGUAAUCUGAAACGAGCCACUAGGGGGCGACCAUUAAGUUUUUACUUAACUUCUUGGACAGUUAAUCAAUAUAUGUUCCCGUCUAAGUCGCCGUCCAAAUAAUGUUCCAAUUGAAAGUAAACCUCUGACCAAGGACAGUCCAAAUACCUGGAUGUGUUCAAAUUACACAAUGACCAGAAUUUGUACUUGAGAGUUGAACUGGUCAAGUCUGAAAUAUCAAAGUACUUGAGUCCAAAUGUUCAGUGCUACAAGGUUCACUGUGGGCGUCCAAGACCUUUUCCUUUGAUCACGAAGCUUCAGAAAAGUUUGAAAUCUUCAAAAGAAUAAGGGACAAGUGAGGAUCACGCUCUAGAGUCUAGACCAACCUGGUUCCUCCUCGUGUUGAAGUAUUCUCUAGAUUUUAAGACAUAUUUAAGAUGUUAAGAUUCAGAGUUAAAUCUCAGAAGAAGCUGCUAAGGUGGAUGUUGUGUUGGACUGCGUUAGAUAUCACAGGUGUCCCACCUAAGAGUCCACUGCCAGUUGUUAUUUCUUGUCAUGAGGUGAGUUUCACACCAUUUCUCUUGUGGAAAAGUGACUCACUAAAAGGACGGACAGAUUUCUGGCGGCCUCGGCUUUCAAAGCACUCACCAUGUAAUUGCAGUGUCUCUGGUUGGAAACCUGCGUUGCGUGACACCCCCCCCCCUUAUUUCCUGCCACCUCUCUCUCUCUCUGGUGUCUCUCUCUCAAAUGGAAUAAAAAAAAAAAAAACUGAUAAAGUUAGAAGACGAUAGUAAUAAAAGAAUGAAAUAGACGAAUCCACUUCUAAUCCGAGAUGACAGAUGCUCAGAAACUUCUCUGAAGACGUCCCUGGGAAGUGUUAGCAUCAAGCCACAGCUAUCGAAGAUAAAGCACGGUCAUACAUGCCAGUAGUUCUUCACAGGACGGUGAAUGACCGCCACCUCUUGGAAAUCGGCCCCAAACAAUUAGAUUCGAGCCCCAUUUCAGCAGCAUCAGUGGACACGUAAGCCGGUUUUGAAGCUCACGUGAUGUCCUGAAUGGAUGGACGCCAUGAAAGCUCCUACUGACCCUUCAGUAGACACAUGACGAGGGCGACGGCGCCAUGAUGCCAUGAUGGACGACAUACCCGUACAGGUGCUGGUCUAAACGAUAUAAAGAUAUGGUUGGGUUAGCAAAUGCUAACGGCACCUCAUAAUGUAGAGUAACCAGAUGAUUUCUGGGACAGUCCUCGUCUUGGCUGUUCCCAAAAAUGUCCCCGAUAUUAGC